CUGCCAAAUCACGUGACACAAUUGUCGUCUGCUAGUGUUUUGAUCACUGGCGCGAAUCUAAGAAUGGCAAAGUAAGGAAGCGCCGGACCGUAGGAGAAUUGAGGGCGACGAGCCAAGGCAGGGAUGAUUACUACACCCCCAACAAGCUGAGUGUGAGAGAAUUCGUGCAAGUUUGCGACCGGCAGUGGUAACACAUAACCAGAUCGCGGGCUUCAGACGAGAGGAACAGAUUGAGUUACAGCCAAGUUGGGUUGUCAGUGUGAUACUGUGUUUGUGAGGCUACUUGUUGUGUUCUCGUUCACGGACAGGCAGCUAUGAUGGACUUACGGACAUCAUGGGCAAGAAAAACAGCAAGCUAAAGCCAGAGGAGAUUGAGGAGCUGAAACGGACAACCUAUUUUUCGGAAGGAGAAAUCAGGCAAUGGUACAAAGGUUUUAUGAAGGACUGCCCUGAUGGAAAGCUCACCCUCGAGGGUUUUACCAAGAUAUACCAACAGUUCUUUCCAUGUGGGGACCCCAGCAAGUUUGCAUCUUUUGUGUUUAAUGUUUUUGAUGAGAACAAGGAUGGUUACAUAGAGUUCCACGAGUUCCUGCAGGCGCUGUCUGUAACGUCCAGAGGUAAUGUCGAGGAAAAACUGAAAUGGGCCUUUCGACUGUAUGACCUAGAUGCUGAUGGCUUCAUCACUCGGACGGAGCUGCUGGACAUCGUAGAUGCUAUCUACAAAAUGGUGGGAGGAAUGGUGAAGCUCCCAGAAGAAGAGAACACACCGGAGAAGAGAGUCAACCGGAUAUUCGAGGUCAUGGAUAAGAAUAGAGACAAUCGGUUGACAUUUGACGAAUUCCUUGAAGGAUCCAAAGAAGAUCCCACAAUAGUGCAGGCACUGACUUUAUGUGAUGCUGGUCGAGGAUGAUACUGAUGUGGCUCCCGAGUGGGGUGGUGAGGGGGCGAAGGGGUGGGGUCAGAAGACGAACAUCUCAACUCAUUCUGUGAUGAUGGCAUGUUUCAGACAAAUAUUUCUAUGUCAUUUAUGUACGAACAUUUUUAUCAAUUUUUGUCAUGUCUACAUGUAUGUUCAUCAAGUUUAUAAGUGACAGAGAUUCAUCGUGAACAACAGCAUUAACUGAUGCACGUGGAAGUGUGGAGGUUGCUUUAACUGCCUCUUGUGGAAGUCCAUAGUGUAGUCGUUCUUUAGGACACAGCUUUAAAGGUCAAGGACAUGGGAACCGCAAGAGCAGGAUCUUUCGAUGGUCCGUAUGAAGAAACAUGUGGAUGCAGUUAGCCCUCACCUACUGAAAUGUGUCCUUACAGCAGGAAUGGUUCUAAACGUAUUUCCAUCAACAUUAUGACGUCAAAACCUGAUCAUAUCUAAGGAUUCAUUGUGGUACUAUGUUACUCCUUUAACAAAGUUCUUAGUCGUAUCUUGCACCUUUUGAAAUAUAAUUCCUUAAAAGUAAAAUAUUUGUUAUGAAUUAACUCUAAAUAACAAGAGAAAAAGCUCAAA